AUGAAACUAGUGUAAUAAGAGUAUUACUUCAGCAGACCCAAAAUUAAUAGUUUGUAUUCACCUGAGAGCAAAUAUAAAUCUAUAUCUCAUUAUUCUGAUAAGUCUCUAGUACAGAAUAUUGAUACUUAAAUCUAAAUAAAUUAAGUCAUGCAAAACAUUUAAUAUUUGAGAGGUAAGAUAAAUUAUGAAAAGAAUUAAUUGCAAUAAUUAUCUUUUUUAAAUAGUGAGACUAAAUUUUCAUUUACUUCAGUUCCUUUAAGUAAAUUAGAUCCUGAGUCAUAUACAAUGAAAUAAAAGAUUGUAUAACUUAAAGAGCAAGUAUGAAUGUAAAAUAUUAGUUAAAACAAUUAGAGAAUGAAGAGAAGAGAAUUUAUAUGAUGAACUAUUAGAAAAUUGAUCAUAAUGAAGAAUAUGCCUUUAAAAAUUACACUAUGAUUAUAAUGAUGAAUAAAUCUAAAUAAUAACUUAUUCAACAUAAAACUGAACUUAUUAAUUAGAUCAAAUAAUUAAAACAUGAAAUAUAUAUGGAUUAGAUGGAGAUUAAUGUAUAAGAUAAUUAAAUUCUUGUUUUAGAUAGAAAAAAUAAACAAUAUAAAAUAAAAUUAUCAAAAAUAUUAGAAUAAUUAAAAUAAAUAAAAUAAAAUGUAAGUGUUUAUUAAUAAUUUGAUAUGAAAAAGUCAAGAUAAAUUAAAGAUUUUAUGAGUAAAUUGGGAGCAGGUGAUUCUUUAGCAGAUGAUAUGGAUGAAGUACUUGAAAAUUACAAUAGAAAAAUAUUAAAUAAUUAAAAAACAAUAGAUGAUUUUUUAUUAAUAGCAUAAUAACGAUCAUAUUAUACAUUAUCAUAAAUAUAAGACUUAGAAUAUCAAAUAAAAUUAUAAAAGGAUAUUAAAUCAUAAUUAUAAUAAUAAAUUAACGAAUUAAAAUUACACAUAUCUAAAUUCUCUAAAACAUAAAGAACUUCUUUAGAAAACAAUUACAAUAAAGACAAUUUAUAUGAUGAUGAAAGAGUUUAUUGGAAUUUGAAUAGCAAGGAUUUUGAUGAAUUUCCAUUAGUAUAAUCAAAAAAUUUGGAUGAUUAUGAAAGUGAUAUUUGA